AUGUGGACUUUCGGACAUAUCCCGUAUCCGCCAAAAAUCAAUCCGGAUCCUGAACAGAAAUGUACACCAAAAACUAAGGAGGGUACUUUGAUCGGAAGGUUCACGAAACUGUUAACGGCGAACAUCGCGCUUCCGAAUAUUUAUACUUUACAACAUAAAGAAUAG